AUGGCAAAUGAAAACAUCAACAAUAUAACGAAUGACUGUCAUAUAGUCUGGUUGGAUAGUCAUAUUGAAACCGACAGACGAAGUCAAGAUAUAAGAGGACGUAUACGACAACUGGGUAGAGGUUGUUUAGAGACAUUUGUUAAUCCAGAUCAAUGUAUUGAUGAUAUAACCACAGAACUGAUAGAAAAAAAAGUAUUUCUUAUUAUUUCUAAUUCAUUUGGUCAAGCUAUUGUACCACUUAUAUAUGAAUUACCACAAAUACAAGCAAUAUACAUAUAUUGUCGUGAUCAAAAAGCAGCAGAAAUAUGGUCUAAAUCAAUUGUAAAAGUUUCUGGUAUUUUCACAAAACCAAAAGAACUAUUACAAAAAUUAUCUGAUGAUGUCGAUGUUUAUAAUAAAGAUAAUAAUAUACCAAUGAGUAUAUUUCAUCUUUCUGAACGAGAUAAAACAUUACAAGAUUUAAGUAAAGAAAGUGUAACAUCUAUAUGGUAUCGUUUAAUAUUACGAGUUCUUCGAUUAAUGGUAAAAUAUGGUAAUGCAAAAGCGGAUAUGAUUACAGCAUGUCAAGCAAGUUAUCAUGACAAUAACGCUCAAAAGAGAAAAAUAAAUGAUUUUGAAAAAGAUUAUUCCACAACAAGAGCAGUUUGGUGGUAUACAUAUGAUAGUUUUCUAUAUCGAUUAUUAAAUAAAGCUUUACGUACACAAGAUAUGGAAAUUAUAUUUAAAUUUCGAUUUUUCAUCAAUGAUCUUCAGAAUGAAAUCGAAAAACUUUACCAUGAAUAUUUAAAUAACCAUUCCUUUCAAUCUAAUCAUCAUUUCACAGUUUAUCGUAGUCAAGUUUUAAGUAUGACAGAACUCGAACACCUUCAACAGAAUAUAAAUGAACUUAUUUCGAUGAAUAGCUUCUUAAGUGCUACAUUGAACUCAGAGGUAGCUGCACUAUAUUCAAUUCCAGGUGAUCAAUUGAAUGAAUCAUCAGCACUACAAUCUGUGUAUUUCAUAAUUGAUGUUUAUAAUAUAAAUAAAGAAACGACGCCAUUUGCAUUUGUAGAACAUCAUUCGUGUAAUUCAGAUGAAAAAGAAGUACUUUUUUCAAUGGGUGCUAUUUUCAAAGUUCAAUCAGUGAAAAAACAUGAUAAUAUAUGGCAUAUUCAUUUAGAACUAAGUAACGAGCAAAAUCAACUUGGUCAAAACUUGUUAGAUCAUAUGUUGGAACAAGUUAAAUCGGAGCCAGGUCCAUUGUCAUUUGGUUGGUUUCUUUUUCGAAUGAGUGAAUUUGAUAAAGCUAAAGGUUAUGCUAAAUGGAUGAUUCAACAACUUCCACCAAAUGAUAUAGGAAAUGGAGAUGCUUACAAUUUACUUGGUCUCAUUUAUAAAGAUACUAAUAAGCUCAAUGAAUCUAUUGAAUCUUAUGAGAAAGCUCUUGAUAUUUAUUUUCGUUUGGGUUAUCAAAAUAGUCCUCGAGCUAUUGCUGUUCAUUGUAGUCUUGGUUUGGCUUAUUUAGCAUCAGGUGACAGUCGAGCUGCAGAUGAACAACAAAGACAAGCCGAAGAAAAGUUCAAUUCAUUACCAAUAAAAAAUCUAUUACUGAAAUCUAAAGUGGAUAGUCUCAAAGCCAAACUUAUGGCAGACUAUGGUUAUAAUACAAUAGCUUUAGAAAAGUUUGAACAGAUUUUACAGAAUAAAAGACAGAAAUUACUAGCAAACCAUCCUUCAAUUGGAACAACGUUGAAUGAUAUAGGUACUGUGUAUGAUAAAAUAGGCAAUAAUGCAAAAGCGCUUGAAUAUUUUCAACAAGCAUUGGAUAUUGGCAAGAAAAGUUUAACACCCGAUCAUUUGGAAUUAGUUGACUAUCAUACAAAUGUUGGUCAUGUGCAUAAUAAACUUGGACAAUUUAAACUUGCUUUUGAACAAUUUUUAUCAGCACUACAAGUUUUGGUAGAAUACGACCAACGUGAAGAUGAGAGAACUGCAGAAUUAAAGACACUUAUUGCUGACACGGAAAAAAAAUUUUGUUAG